UAUCCAACAAAUUGUUUGGUUUUAUCAGUCGUCUGACCUACUAGAAUAUUUGUACUCAUUCCAUUUUUUUUAAAUUAUUUUUUAAAUUUGUUAUGUUGUUUGUUCACAUUGACUAUAACAAUUUUUAUUUUAAAUAAAGUACGUUUUGCCGUUAUUUGAUCCAUUGGAGUUACUAUGAUCUUCAAUUUUCAAUGAGUCAAAUAAUACAUAUUUAAACUUAUGAUAGAUUAGUGAAUAUUCUCUUGAAUUAUUAAAAAACAGAAACGUUAUCAUAUCAUGUCUAAAGUAGUUACAUAUUCGCCAGUGAAAACUGAAUUUGAUGUUUCUUCUGGAAACAAUGAUGAAAAUUCAAAUAAUAAUUUUGAAGAAAAUUGUGAUAUUGAAAAUGAUCAAGCAAAUAUAGAUAAUGGAUUACAUUCUAACUAUGAUACCGUCUCAGAUAGUGGAACUUCUACUCAUAGAUGUGAUAGAUGUGAUAACUAUGAAACCUUAAAUGAAACAAAUCUAAUUUCACAUUUAGCAACAUGUCAAGGAACUGAAAGUAAUAAUGAAAAUGAGCAACCAACGAAUCGAAAAUUAUUUGAAUGUGAUAUAUGCAAUAUGAAAUUUUCAAAUGGUGCUAAUAUGCGAAGACAUAAAAUGAGACAUACCGGAGUUAAACCUUAUGAAUGUAAAAUUUGUCAAAAACGUUUUUUUAGAAAAGAUCAUUUAGCUGAACAUUUUACUACUCAUACAAAGUCAUUACCAUUUCAUUGUCCAAUAUGCAAUAGAGGAUUUCAACGACAAAUAGCAAUGAGAGCUCAUUUUCAAAAUGAACAUGUUGGUCAACAUGAGGUGGUUAAAUCUUGUCCAUUAUGCACUUUUAGAGCUACUUCAAUGAAAAGUUUGAGAGUUCAUUUUUUUAACAGACACGGUAUUGACCUAGACAAUCCUGGUGUAUGUGUUUUUAAUUCUCCAAAACAUCAUUUGCCUAUUGACAGUAUAAAUGUUAGUACUAGUGGAGCUUGUAGUGAUAGUGGAGACUCUAUAGGUGGAAGUCGUUCAGAAAGUAAUGCGACGCCACCAAUGCAUUUUCUUACACCUCAUGUUGAAAUAUCAAUGACAGAACCUUCUCCUACUGAAUGCUCCUCUUUUUCCUCUUCUCAAAUGAACGAAAAUAAUGUGAAAACUGAACCUGUUCAAAGUGUUGCUGAUGAAGAUGUUUCACAAGAUAAUGAAUGUCCAAAUUCUCCACAGUCAAUAGAUUCAAAUUCUAAUAUUUCCUCAUUACCUCUACUGCCAGUAAACAAUCUACAAGAAGGUGAAGUAAGUACAAUCACACCAUCUGUUUCUCUUAUUCCUAUAAAGCAAGAACCAGGAGAAGAACCUUCAAGAAAAAAUGAUUUAAAUGAUGUACACAAUGGUGAAAAUGAGUCUGGACAAACUACAAGCUUGUCUUCAUUAAUAAAAAUAUCUCCUCUAAAAUCAUUGUUGCGUGAGGAAUUCAAACGUAAAAUAAAUAUUAUGAAUAACCCAGAAGCAUCUCAACCGCAUAACACUGAUCCUAAUAUUUGGGGGUAUGUGGCAUUUAAAAAUACAUUACAAUGUUCAUUUUGUGGUAUAACAUUUCCAGACCAAACACUAUACUUUCUUCACAAGGGGUGUCAUUCUGAAACAAAUCCAUGGAAAUGCAAUAUUUGUGGUGAACAAUGUAGUAAUGUAUAUGAUUUUAAUUCCCAUUUACUUAGUAAAAAUCACCAGUAG